AUGGCCCUCAUCCACUUAAUCCUCUCGCCAUGGGCACUACUUGCAGCCCCCAUCCUGCUGGCAGUCUAUUAUUUGUACCCAUACCUUGUCACCAACGGCCACCUCCGCGACAUACCAGCACCGUUCCCAGCCCAGUUCACCAAUUUGUGGCUAUUGUCUACAUGCAGAAGGGGCAACCGUUAUGAGGUCGUUGACCAGCUGCACAAGAAAUUGGGACCACUGGUGCGGAUCCAACCAGAUCAUGUCAGUGUGGCCGACGACGAGGCCAUCCAGAUCAUCUACGGACAUGGCAAUGGCUUUCUGAAAAGCGACUUUUAUGACGCCUUCGUGUCCAUCAAAAGAGGUCUUUUCAACACGCGCGACCGGGCUGAGCACACGCGCAAGCGCAAGAUCGUGUCGCACACCUUCUCGCUCAAGUCCAUCUCGCAAUUUGAGCCUUAUAUCCACGGCAACCUCGAGCUGUUUGUGAAGCAGUGGGACGACCUCGUCGCCCGCAACGCUGGUAACAAUUCUCGGUCCUCCUCCUCCUCUUCUACUGGGCAGCGCAACAACACAGCACAUGUCGACUGUCUCAAGUGGUUCAACUACCUGGCCUUCGACGUAAUCGGCGACCUCGCCUUCGGCGCCCCCUUCGGCAUGCUCCGUUCCGGCGCCGACAUCGCCGAGGUCCGCAGCAGCCCGGACGCAGAGCCCAUCUACGCACCGGCCAUCGAGAUCCUCAACCGCAGGGGCGAGGUCAGCGCCACGCUGGGCUGCCUCCCCCAGCUGAAGCCCUACGCCAAGUACCUCCCCGACCCCUUCUUUAGCCGGGGCCUCAACGCCGUGCAGAACCUCGCAGGCAUCGCCAUCGCCCGCGUCAAGGGCCGCCUCGACCACCCGCCCGAGGCGGAGAGAAAAGACCUCCUAGCCAGGCUCAUGGAGGGCCGCGACGAGAAGGGCGAGCCCCUGGGCCGCGAGGAGCUGACCGCCGAGGCCCUGACGCAGCUCAUCGCGGGGAGCGACACCACCUCUAACUCGUCGUGUGCCCUGCUGUUCCACGUGGCGCGCACGCCAGGCUGCCUCGACAAGCUGCAGGCCGAGCUGGACACCGCGAUCCCAGACGGGGUGGACGUGCCUUCGUACGACAUGGUGCGCGACCUCCCAUACCUGCAGAACGUUGUGAACGAGACGCUGCGGUACCACUCGACGUCGGGCAUUGGUCUGCCGCGACAGAUUCCCCAGGACAGCGGCGCACAGGGUGUGACGAUUCUGGGGCACUACUUCCCGCCUGGCACGGUGCUGAGUGUUCCUUCGUACACGAUUCACCAUUCCAAGGUCAUCUGGGGCCCGGAUGCGGAUGAGUUUAGGCCUGAGCGGUGGGACAGCGUCACGACGCGGCAGAAGAACGCAUUUAUCCCCUUCAGCUAUGGUCCGCGGGCCUGUGUGGGGAGGAACGUAGCUGAGAUGGAGAUGAAGCUGAUUGUUGCAACCUGGGCGAGGCGAUACAGUGUGUUUUUGAGGCAGGAUUACAUGGACACGAGCGAGGGUUUUUUGAGGAAACCGUUGGGGUUGGAGAUUGGGCUGAUGAGGAGGUCAUGA